UAAUAGAUACUUAAACCUGUUUUAUUCUUUUAAAUAAAUACUUAUUAAUGUAUUCAGGCAUUCUGAUUAUAUCCAACAUCGGUUAUGGGCCCAGACAACAAAGCAAGUGAAACUAAGGAAGCUACCGACGUAGUGGUGUCUGAGACCAAGCCGCCCAAGAAGUCAGCUCCUACCGGUAAAGGUGCGCGUCAACGACGAACUGAUUCGUACCGCCUCAAGAAGAACGAGGAAACCGAUCGGGAAAUUACAGCUGGUAUAUUUGCGCGUCUUAAGUUGACGGACACAACUGCAGUCACUGCAGUUCAGAUACAAAGGGAGCGUCACCCUACCGUGGUUCCAAUUAGUCUCAAGGGUCAACAGGAGUUGAUUGCCAGAACAUGGGACACGAUGGAAGCUAUCGGUACACGGCCGUUCCAGACAUUGAAUUCCAUGGAAAAUCGUCGAAUAUUCCAGAAGGGGAUGUUAAUAAUAUCUGAAGCCAAAGUGGCUUUUGCGCAGAGAGCGCACAUUGAUAAGCCGGACGAAGACCUACCAUCUCGGAAAUAUUAUAAUGCUGAGGAACUCCGAGACAUUAAUAACAUGGUGUCUUCGCUUCCAUUGCCCCUCGCGAUGUACUUAGAGUGCAUCGGGAAUGUUAAACAGGGUGCUAAUAUCGUUACCCCUGUACUAUGCGAACAUAGGAAUCCAAUGCUCAGUGGUGUGUUGAGCUAUGCUCCACGACAGUUAUUGCCACUGCUGCGUAUUCUGCGGGCAGGAAUCCCCCAGGCCGGAGAGGUUCAUGAAUUGGCUCAAGAACUAAAGUGAUAUUUGCGCGAAAAAGGUUUAUUAAACCACGUUAUAUUAGACGAUACAGCUACGGCAGAACAGAAAAGACUGCAUAAAUCAUACGAUGAUAAAGCCAUUGCAGCAAUAGGGCUAAAUAUUGAGCCAAAUCAACUAGUACACAUAGAGGAUUGUGUAACUUCUCAUAAAGCAUACUUAGCUUUAGAACAGGUUCAUCAACCAAAAUCAAGAGUGAGGAUAAUGCAACUGAAAAAGAAGCUUUAUCAGUCCAAAAAAAAAGAUGAUACCAUGUCAACGUAUAUAUAAAAAAUAAAAGUAUUAGCUAAUAAUUUAAGAGAAGUUGGUUCUGAGCCACGAGAUGAGGAUCUAACAUGUAUUAUAUUAACAGGACUUCCAGAUUCAUAUGAGAAUCUAAACAUGUCACUAGCAGGACUACCAGACGGCAGCUUUACUUCAGCAGAAAUAAUUGAAGUUUUACUGACCGAGUUUAAUAGACGUAAGACUAGGAAUGCAAAAGAAGACGUAGACCAUAAAGAGGCAUUACAUUCGAGAGGAGUCAAACAGGUACCAUUCAAAAACACAUCGUUCAAUAGACCAAAGACUGCAUUUUAUAAACACUGUGAGAAACAAGGGCAUGAAAUAAAGAAUUGCUGGCUGAAAAACGAAGAAGAGAUAGAACUACAGUCUUCAUCAAGCAGUGGAACAGAACAUAUUGAACACCAUGCUGCAGAUAUUUCGUUUGCGCUUGAAUUUCUUGAUGAACUUGACCCAAGUAACGCGAAGAAACGAAAAGGAAGGAUACAAGUCAUUAUCGAAAACCCUGUAGCAGUGUUAGACAAUUGUAAAAUAAGUGAUCGUGAAGCAGUUCGUGUUAUAAUUACUACUGCUGAAGCUCUAAACCAUGAUUUAGAUAAACUAAUAAUAAAUAGAUCUUCGAUACAACGCUGUCGACGUUACCUUCGUACAGAACGGACCAUAAAGCUGGCGUUCCACGUUACGCGACAAUCGAUUUUCGACGUAUGGAUUGUGAAUUAGAAAAAUUUAAAUGUCAGUGCCGCUGUCGAAUAUAUAUUAAAACAGUUGAGUUAUUGUGUGUUGACAAAUGAAGCUAUAAAAUGUAUAAAAAUGACAAUUAGAUGUGUUUGUCAAAAAAUUCAACAGAGAUGGGAUAAAGCGGGCCAUAAUCAAGCUAGGUUUUUAGCUUCAAAUUGCUCGUGGCUUCAAGGAAAUCUUGUAUUUUCAAGUAUCGUUAUUGAAGCCUUACCCAAUACUUCUCAAGGCGCAAAUGGUUCAUAUUCUUGGGAGCAAAAUAGAGAACUUCCAAUCGGUAGGUGCUGGAAUCUACUGUUCACAGCUUAAUAUCUCACAAAAAAUUGGCAUAAAUUCAAGAACGUCAAUCUUCGCAGCAGAAUGCUGUGCCAUGAAUCGAACAUUAGAUCUGACCAUGUCUCAUACUAGGGGAAAUUUCCUUAUUGCUUCCGACUUUCUAAGCGUAAUUAAAUCACUGCAAAAGCCAGUUUUUCAUUACAAUAAAAAUAUUCAUCUUGUUGAAAUUAAAACUAAAUAUGCCACCUUUGUUUCUAAUAGUAAUAAUCAAAAUUUUGUCACGUUUAUUUGGAUUUCGGCACAUAUCGGAAUUAGCGGUAACGAAAGGGCGGACUCCCUCGCAAAAGAAGCGGCAGGUGAAAUGCCUUCCCCAGAUAACAAAGUUCCACUU